GCUGUUGCUGUCGGCGCCGCCGUUCCACAUUUCCUCCUCGCGUAGCUCCAUGGGCAAGGGCGGCGAGCGCCCGGCCGAGUGCGACUGGGCGGCCGCGGGCGCGUCGACCAGUGGUGCUUCUCGCGCAGCCUGCGCAUCAGGUGCGAGCUCGAGCUGGCAGUCGCCGAGGCGUUUUUGGCUCGAGCAGUACUGGCGCCUCGACGGUGUCCGCCGCUCGUCCCGCCCGGACGCCUCGGCGGGCGCGGGCGCCGCGCGCGAGGCGGUGUGGUCGUCGGGCGUGCCCUUCUACCCGCCGUCGACGCGGCUCUGGCGGAUCGGGGGCAGGUGGUACGACUUUGAGCCCUUCCUGAAGCUCCACCCGGGCGGCGCGGAGGUCCUCCGGCUGGCGCGCGAUCGCUUCGAGGACUCGACGUACGCCUUCGAGGCGCACCACCACAACUAUGCGCACGCGCGCAAGGUGAUAGCAAAGUACGAGGUGCCCGCGCCCGCCGAGCUGCUGCAGCGGCCCGAGGGCGCCGUCGUGCCUGGCGCGGGGGGCGACGGCGGCAUCACCACGCUGCCCGCGCUGCUCGACGACGACGCCUUCUACUCGGUCGUCCGGCGGCGGCUGGCGGCCCACCUGCGCUGCGUCCGCUGCCCGGCGGGCGGGCCGACGCGCGAGUGCGUCGUCUUCUUUUGGGCGACCUUCGCGGCCUUCGUCGGCGCGUGGGGCCUGAUGUGGGCGUCGGGCUCCGUGGCGGCGGCGCUCCUCUUCGGCGUGGUGGCCGCCGUGCUCGGCGCAUUUGGCCACAACUGGGUGCACCAGCCCGCGUACCGGCUGCACUCGUACCUGUCGCUCGACACGGUCGGCUUCAGUUCGACGGGCUGGUUCCGCGAGCACGUGCUGCAGCACCACAUGUACACAAACACUCCGUGGGACAACCACUUCCGGGGCACCGAGCCCUUCCUCGUCACCGACCCGACGGUGCCGCGCCACUGGCUCCAAGCGUGGGUCAUGCCGUACGCCAAUCCGCUCGUCCUCACGUUUGGGCUCUACGGCAACUACGUCGACCACUGCGUCAACAUGGCCAAGGGCAGCGAGGAGUGGCGGCCGACCAAGGCGAUCCUCCCGCUCAACAUCGCGCUCGUCGUGUGGCGGUGGGGGCUGCUCCGCGGCGCGGCCCUCACGUACGCCUGGACGGCGGCGCUCGGACUCUGGUACUUCACGAUGGCGCUGAUGAACCACAACGCGGAGCACACGCACGACGUGGAGCGGCGGAACAAGGCGCGCGACUGGGGCGAGGCGCAGCUCGUCUCGUCCGCCGACUGGGGCGUGCAGCUCCCCUUUCGGCGCGCGUGGGUCUACCUGUGGCUCAACUACCACACGGUGCACCACCUCUUUCCGCGCCUCGACUUUUCACACCACCACGCGGCGCAGCGGAUCCUGAUGGAGACGUGCGCGGAGCUGGGCGUGCGGUACGUGGCGGCCGACUCGCCGUGGGAAAUCUACAAGCAGAUGGUCCGCAGCUUCGCCACGCCGCGCUCGCUGUACAAGAGCAUCAGCGUGUACGGCGGCGAGAUUUGAGCGAUAGGGGGAGAAGAGGCGGCCGGCCGCGCGAGUCGCCCUCGCAGCGCGCCAGACGGAUAGUGCGAGGAGAGAGAGCCAAAAGGUAGGCGGAGGCCAAACAGUCGAUGGGAGAGAGAGGGAGAGAGAGAGAGAGUAGGCGAGCGCACGGGGUGAGCGGAGGGAGCACUGAGACUUAUGACUCAGAGGCUCGUCCGCGCUCGCACUUCAGACCCGCAGCGGCGGGAGCAGUGGCAGCGUGACAUGUUGGUGUUAGUUUCCUUAACGUCUAUUCGUGGCAAC